ACCCGGGCAGACGCCUGUAAAGUGUGUGGUGAGCGUUUUCCCUUCGUUCCUAGCACGCCUCGCUGCAGCUCGUUCCUGGGACCAUGGACUCAGAGACCCUGGGGCUAUCUCCCGUGUCUUCCAUUGGCUCAUCUGUUUACUGCCCUUGUCCUGGCGCAUCCUGGCAGGCCCAACGGGAGAUGCUAGCGUUGCUCUAAUGGCUCUAAUGCGGCUGCAGUGUGGCUUGGCCUGGCAGUCGUCCAGGUUCAGUCAGGUUGCGAGUGGGCGUUCUCUCCAGCACAAUGACACAAGCAUGCAAAAAGACUCCCGACCUUUCACAAAGCAUGCCUCCAUCUCCAUUAUUACCUACGAGUCCUCUCGGAGACAGACUACCUCUCUCUGAGGGGAGCGCCGACCAGUGUCUCCCAGACCCCACUUUUCAUCAUGUCUUCGUCUGUCACCUCCACUCCCGUCAAAAGAGCCUGCGAUAGCUGCCAUCGACGGAAAGUCAAGUGUAUCGGCGAGGGCACCAACCCAUGCAAGAACUGCGUUUCAGCAGGUCUUGCAUGCACUUACAAUGCCAUCCCACAGAAGAAAGGCCCCAAGGGAAGCCGGGCAAAGGUGCUGUCAGAGCUUCGCGAGAAUCAACGCCAGUCCCAACUAUCCUCUGGAUAUUCACCUGAGCUGGGUUUCGAAGGACGAACCCUCUCCACCACUUUUUCUCGCACUCCGGGGUUGCUACCCCCAGGACUCAUCGAGAGCUGUAUCGAGUUCUUCUUUAUCAACGUGUAUCCGGCACAACCCAUUCUUCACCGCCAGCGCAUCCAGGAAAUAUCUAUAAAUGUGGAGCACUCUACGGAGGCAUAUUGCAUGGUUGUAGCCCUUUGUGCCUAUGUUAUGAUUCAAUCGAACAUGACAGUUUCGCCCAAUCUAUUACCGCGUCCUGAAAUGGCUCAGAUGUCCAACGUCAGCGUAGGCCAUAUGCUCCUCGACGAGUCUGUCCGUGUCCGGAAAGGGUUCGAUUACCUUGAAAACCCAACACACAACUCUGUUUUAACAUCCUGGCUCUAUUAUGGCUGCUUUUUCGGGCUAGGAAGAGAUAACACGGCAUGGUCGUUCCUUCGGGAAGCUACGACUCUGGCGCAACUUCUUGGGAUGCAUGAUGAAGAGACCUACAAGACAGACCCACUCGACAUCUCCAGGCGACGAGUUCUCUACUGGUUACUCUUAAUCACAGAAAGGACACACGCACUUCACAAGCACCGUCCCAUUUCGCUGUACGCUACCAUUCACACACCUUCGUUGGACGAAUCUUCUUCAGAUAGUCCGAUUGCAUCUGGCCUUGAUCUACUGAUCAACCUCUACAAACCUUUUGACGACACCUUCAUCAGCCUAUGGAACAAAUCGCGCACGAAUGCGAAUCCGAGCUGGAUCACCCAACUGCAGACUCAGUUGUCUGAAGCAUUGCCAACCUUUCUUGAGUGCACAGAAAUUCAGGCGGUCGACUUACGAAUCAGUCAGCAAUGGCUGCGAACUAUGGUUUGGCAGCUCUGUGUAAGCCAAGGUUUAGUGAGCAGUAUGACAUCGGACACUGCCAUGACAUUCAAGUACCCCAUCGAAAUCUCCCGAGACUUGCUCUCCAUGAUGCAUCAGUUUUCACAACAAGCAAUGGAGGUGCAUGGCGUAGGGCUUAUCGAAAAGCUGUUCGAUAUCGCUUGUUGCCUGACCGAUGUCGUCGCCUGCAUACCCUUCUCGCCGGACACAUUCGCGCUCGGGCCCCGCGAUUACGUUUCACAAUUCCUCACUCUUUUCUCGACCCUUCGCGGCGGGCACACCCGCUAUCUACCGCUUCUCCUCUCCAAGGUCUCCGAUGUCCUCCCGAAUCUUCCACUUCCCCGGUCUCUCAAUAUCCCUCAGGCUCUGCCCCCGUCGACAAUCACCCUCUCCCCCGGAGGACUUGCAACCGUGCCUUCAAACGUCAAUGAAGAUCUGCCUGGAAUGCCGCCAGUCUCUUCACCAUCGUACCCAUCCACUGAGUUGAUCCGCCAGCUUGCUGCCCAAACGGGUGCCCAACUGCCCAUCAAUGCGCAGCACUCGUUGCUUCAAGCCGCGUCUUCGCGUGUGGAAGACCUCUCCCUCUACGAUUCAUCGGCUCCACAUAGCGCAACGCACUCUUCGGGUUCCGCGCCAGCCAGCCAAUCCGCAACCCCCGGACCUUAUGAGCCCUCCCCAAGUCAAACACGUGCACAGAUCCCUCCUCAAGCACAUUCUCACAGCGGUGUCCAAGUACAGUCUUCCCAUCCCCACCCGCAUAUCCAGGGUCAACAUCUCGGUGUAAACCCCAGCCAAUAUGACCCUCGAUUUGCUGUUCAAGGAUUCCCCGUAGACCCUUCAAUGGUGUACAAACAAGAGGAUACGCAAACAGCCAGCCAGAUGCAGGGGCAUGCAAGCAUGUAUGCACAAGGCUCCCAAAGUGGAGCAGGCCGAGGUGGCCUAGGCCAUGUUCAUGGUCACCACGGUGGUGGUCGAUAUGCAGGUUAACAGUUUUAUAACUCAUUGCAUAUCGAGCACGUGUUUUGGAGCCAGUAGCUCGGGCCCGAUCUUAGGCUUUUCUUCGGAGAAUAUAGGGAAUCGACGAGGACACAAUUCACCUCUUCUUCUAACGAAGGAUUCACUCCCUAUUUUCGUCUAUCAUUUGGAAUAAGGUCGUGGACAUCAAGGUGCUCUCGGGGAAGCUAUCA